AUGGGAGCAUCUCUCGCAAAGCCAGAUGCAGUCGUCGUUGAUAUUGAUGGCGAUGGAAGCUUCAUGAUGAAUCUUCAAGAACUUGCCACCAUUCGUGCCGAAAAUCUGCCGGUGAAGAUCAUGCUGCUUAACAACCAAUAUUUGGGCAUGUCGGUUCAGUGGGAGGAUAUUUUGUUUAAGAGACAUAGGGCACACACGUACUUAGGAAACCCAAUGAAAGAAUCCGAGAUCUUCCCAGAUAUGGUGAAGUUUGCAGAGGCAUGCGAUAUCCCAGCGGCGAGGGUGACCAAAAAAGAGAAAGUUCGAUCUGCCAUUAAGGAUAUGUUGGAUACACCAGGGCCUUACUUGUUAGAUGUUGCCAUUUCGCAUCAAGAAUAUGUUUUGCCAGUGAUCCCCAGUGGAGGAACUUUCAUGGAUGUGAUUACCGAAUGGUAG